AUGACGGUAGAAGAAGUUGCCGAGGGCUACCUCAAUGAGUUGAUCAAUAGAAGCUUAGUUCAAGUGGCAGAGAUGAGAUCAGGUGGAAGGGUCAAAACGUAUCGCAUCCAUGACCUUUGGCGUGAAAUUAUUGUUUUGAAGUCAAGAGAGCAAAACAUCGUGACACUAGCCGGUGAACAAAGCAAAGCCUGGCCCAAAAAGGUGCGGCGCUUAUCAAUCAACAAUCAUUUGGAAAUUACACAACAAAGCAAGUGUUUCACUCGACUUUGUUCUUUGCUUAUGUUCAAUGCAACAGAUUCACUGUCCAAUUUGUCCAUUCUCGCAUCGUCAAAUGAUGGUCUAUGGCUGCUAACCGUGCUAGACUUGAGAGGUGCCUUGUUGGAGACAUUCCCAAAUGAAGUUUUGAAACUACUUCAACUCAGGUAUUUAAGUUUGAGGGCAACCAAGGUAAAAAUAAUACCAAAGUCGAUUGGAAAGCUCCAAAACCUGGAAACAUUGGACCUUAAACAAACGUAUGUCACUGAGUUGCCUGAUGAUAUCCUCAAGCUCCAACGACUUCGCCAUAUCUUGUUGUAUCGCUACAUACCAGUGGAGGGUCUAUUUCGUUUUCAACACCAUUGCGGAUUCAAAGCCCCGACAGAAAUAGGAAGCUUGUCAUCCUUACAGAAACUUUGUUCUAUUGAAGCAAACCAUGAUAAUGGGACCAUUUUGCUAGGAGAGGUAGGCAAGUUGACUCAACUGAGGAAAUUACAGAUUGAAAAACUGAGAAAUGAAGAUGGGAGGGUGUUAUGCUCGCCCCUUGAGAAGCUUAGUAACCUUCACUCAUUGAUUGUUCGUGCAACAGGAGAAGACGAGAUCAUUGAUCUAGAUUCUCUGUCUUCACCACCUCAACUUCUUCGAACGCUCUGCCUAGAAGGAAGUUUACGUAAGGUACUGCAUUGGAUACCUUCACUGCACAGCUUGGUAAGAGUAACGUUACGAUGGAGUAAGUUAAGGGACGUUGAUUUGCUAGAAUCCCUUCAAGGUUUGCCCAAUUUGGUUGAACUUCAACUUUUUCAGACACAUGAAGGGGAAGAAUUGUGUUUCAAGGCUGGUGGAUUUCAAAGACUUGUGAGAUUAUACCUUGGUGGAUUAAAAGGAUUGAGAUGGGUGAAAGUGGAGGCUGGCUCGAUGCCUCGUCUUGAAGAGUUAACUAUGGAUGAAUGUGAAUUGGUAGAGGAGUUACCCUUUGGUAUUGAACAUCUAACCAACCUUAAAUCUCUUAAUUUGAAUGAUGUCUGA